CCCCGCCCCGCGCCCCCCCCCCCCCCCCCCCCCCCCCGCGUCUGCCCACAUUAUCCUCGCCUCCACCAACCCAAAUUCGGUCGAUUUCAGUGCUCCAGAAGCCGACUGCUCGUCUAGCGGGUCUCCUCUACGCUCCGGACGAUGGUGGGGCUCUCGGAAGGGGAGAAGCACUUCAUCCGCGGCGGCAUCGCGCAGGACAUUCGCACCGACGGCCGCAGGCGGCUGCAGUUCCGGGCACUCUCCGUCGAGACCGGAGUCAUCCCACAGGCGAAUGGUUCAGCGCGUGUCAGAUUGGGUGCCACGGAAAUCAUCGCUAGUGUCAAGGCUGAAUUGGGGAAACCAAGCAUUCUUCACCCUGACAAAGGAAAAGUUUCUAUUUUUGUUGACUGUAGUCCAACUGCUGAGCCUACAUUUGAGGGUAGAGGUUCAGAAGAAUUGUCUACUGAGCUGUCUGUUGCUCUGCAAAGAUGCCUGCUAGGUGGUAAAAGUGGUGCAGGCGCUGCAAUUGAUCUGUCAUCCCUAAUUGUUGUUGAGGGAAAGGUAUGCUGGGAUCUGUACGUUGAUGGACUUGUUGUCAGUUCCGAUGGUAAUCUACUAGAUGCGUUAGCUGCUGCAAUAAAGGUUGCUUUGAGUGAUACAGGUAUACCAAAAGUUAAUGUUUCUCUUAGUGCGGCAUCUGAUGAGGAACCUGAGGUUGAUGUAAGCGAUGAGGAAUUUCUGCAGUUCGACACCUCCAGUGUGCCUGUUAUCAUUACAUUAACCAAGGUGGGUCGGCACUACAUUGUUGACGCUACCUCAGAGGAAGAGUCCCAGAUGAGUUCUGCAGUGUCGGUAUCAGUCAAUAGGAAUGGCCAAGUAUGCGGGCUAACAAAGAGGGGUGGUGCAGGGCUGGACCCAAGCGUCAUCUUCGAUAUGAUAUCAGUGGCCAAGCAUGUGAGCCAGCAGUUUAUAGCUCACUUGGACUCAAAGAUAUCUGCUGCUGAAGCUGAAGCAGCUGCUGAGUGAGAAGGAGGGGGGGGGGGGGGGGGGGGGGGGGGGGGGGGGGGGGGGAGGGAUAGCGGGGAAGAGGUUCAUGUACACGUGCUUAAUCUUAGUGACCUGCUGCCCUCACAAAAAAAGGCGAAAAAAGAAAAAUCUUAGGCGCUUGCUUAGAAGAGAAGGAUUAUUGUAGGAAUGUUUAGGAUUUGGUUCAAGUUUAUGCCAGUAAAUCCCAAGGAUUUGGAUCCAAGAGUUCCUUUCCAAACAGUAGCGUGUUGCCUGGGCUUAGAAGAAACAUCAGCUGACAUGCAAAGUUUUGCUGACGUGGAGAGAUGUCUCUCAUAUAUGCAUAAUGUUGCUCCUA